AUGACACAAUCAUCUCAACAUGUCAUUCCAGAGCUGUAUGACCGUAUGCAAUUCCAAUCAAAGGACGAAAAUAUUGUUGUAAUCAAACAAUAUCACAUCACCAACGGUUACAAAUACAACGUUGUUGAAUUGAAGCCUAACAUUUAUGUUAUUCGAUGUCUGGAAUACCACAACGGCUGUAAUUGGCGUUUGAGGGCAGCUUAUAGCAAAAUCCGUAAAUAUUGGGAAAUCAAGAAUAUCGACGGACAACAUACAUGUUUCUCAAACAUACUAUCUCAAGAUCAUACAAAUCUUGAUAGUACUCACAUUGCAGCAAUCGUAUCAAAUUAUGUCCGCACAAACCCCUUCAUUCCCAUUAAGAGUUUGAUUGCAGAUAUUAAAGCUCGAUUCCGAUAUUCUGUGUCAUAUAGAAAAACUUGGAUCGCAAAACAGAAGGCUCUUGCUAUGGAGUUUAGUGAUUGGGAAGAGUCUUAUAACCAUCUGCCGAGGUGGUUGCAUGCCGUGAAGGAUGCAAAUCCUGGUUUACAAUGCACUAGUUCUCCAGUGGAGAUUGAUGGAGAAAUUGACAAUAAUUGCUACAUUAUGGAAAGAGUUUUCUGGUCUUUCGGUCCUUGCAUAGAAGGAUUCAAAUAUUGUAAACUCGUUCUCCAAGUUGAUGGAACAUUUCUAACAGGCAAAUAUCAUGGAACUUUGCUCAUCGACAUAGCUCAGGAUGACAAUAGAAAUCUUUUUCAAUUGGCAUUUGCCAUUGUAGAAGGUGAGACAAAGGAGGCCAUGAUAUGGUUCUUUCAACUACUUCGACAUGUUUGCCCUCAAAAAAAUAUUUGCAUCAUCACUGACAGAGGAAAAGGUAUCAUAUCGACCUUAAGAUCAGAAGAACUUGGUUGGAAAGAAGAUGGUUUGAACUCUGCUUAUUGCAUACGUCAUCUAGCCUCCAACUUCAACAACAAAUUCAAAAAUCAGGACCUCAAAAAACAAUUCAUCAAUUUAGGUCCAAACUUCAUACCAGAUCCUCAAAUGCGACGCAAGGCAUCCGAAAGACCAUCUACAAAUAUGAUUCGUAAUGAGAUGGAUCAAUCUACUCUAGAUAAGCCGAAAAAAUGCUCUUACUACCGCAACGAAGGUCAUCAUAGGGGAAAUUCUCCAUUUCGUCAGUAG